GUGUAGACAGGCUGGCCUUGAACUCACAGAGAUCCACUUGUCUCCACCUGCCUCCACUGUGCUGAGGCUUCUACCAGCCACCAUGCUCUGUGCUUCCUUUGUUUACCUCCUCAAGACAAGAGGUAAUAAUGAGGAAGAAAGGGAGGUAGAGAAAAAAAGAAAAAAGGAAAAUAAAGAAAAAUGCGACCUGCCAGGUCUGUCAGCACAGGCCUCAAAGGCUCAGCUAUUUAAGAGGCUGAGACAGGAGAAUUUAAAGUUCAAGCCCUGAGAGGUAACUUAGUGGCACUGUCUCAAAAAAUUUGAAAACAAAUAAACAAACAAACAAACAAACAAACAACCCAAUGGUGUACUUUGGUGGUAGAAAGCUUGCCCAGAAUGUAGGCCCUGGGGUCAAUUCCUAAUACCAUGAAUAAAUAGAUAAAACUGAAGAACAGGGCUCUUCUCUGGAGCUCCCUAUGCCCCAGAACAGCAUGGCCCCUAUCCUGGUUCACACAUGACCGGGCUUUCUGAGGGCAAAUGGACAAACUCUCCUAAAGCCACCAUGUCCUCUGCUGGCAUCCUUUCAAUGGAUUCUAGAAAAGCUGCCACCUCCCAUUCUCUUACUCCCUAGGCAUGGGCAGCAAAGGCAGAGGUGGGUGCUGGAAUUUCGUGUUCUCUAUCAUUUUAUUAUUAACCCCCAUUCCCAGAGACUCAGAGCAGUAACUGCUUUUAACAGGGUUUUGCUCUUGUGAAGAAGUCUAGGAAACCCCAGCCACACCUUCCAUCUUCCACCUCCAUCCACCAAAGAUCUAGGACUUGGCAAGUAUUGGACCUUGGGGUCUUCCUGGAAGUCAACAGUUGGUUAGACCCAACUUGGGGCCCAGAUAACUUUCCAUGAGAGAUGGCAGCACUCUUGAACUUGUAAACACUAAUGUUUGGACAGCAAGGCCCAGAGGGAACUUGGGCUGUUUCCUUUCCAAAUUCUUGCUACUGGUGUAAGCUUGGGAUGACCCUCUGCCUGAAAACCACGAGGCGGCUGGGAGAAUCAGAAGAGAGUUUAGAGUGAGGCUCCAGGUGCCUGGGGUGUGUGAGACCUCAUGUGCAUGCUCUUUUGGUUGAAGGCCAAAGAGGCAGAAGACAGAGAGCCGCAAGGCUCCUCCCUGCAGCCCUACUACUGUUUAUGGAACCCACCCCUCUUCUCUUUCUACCCUCAGCCAAAGCCUUGCCUACCAAGAUUGUAAGCCAAGGAGUUUGGUGAGUGUGUGAGAAAAAGGGAGGUUUGUGAAGCGCCUGACUAGGGAAAUGGGUUAAGGAAACCAGAGACGAGCAGGCAGAAGAGAGAGAAAACUACAUCCAAAUGGAGGACGGGGUGCAACAGCUGGACGGUGAGACUAAACACAGAAGGUCCAUCUAAUGAUUCUCGGGACAGUUAAAAGAGGUUCACUAGGGCUGAUCUAAAGAGGCACGAACCCUGUCAGGCUGCGUGGAGUUAGUGAAGAGAGGCGAAGGACAAGCCACAGAAAAGCAACGGGUUUUUUGACACGGAGUGCUGAGAAGCUUACGCUACAGCCUGGGAGACCGGGUCUGAGGAGAACUCCGGACUUAUAAAACCCCAGAGCUCUGGGGUGGGGGUGGCCAGGUAAGGCACACCCUCUGGGGCAGCAAAAGGACUUCGGCCAAUCACAGCCUUUCCUCAAGGAGAAGGCUACACCUUUCCUCGUCUCCGCCCUCUGGGCCAAGUGACCAAUCUGCAAGCGCCUACAGGAAGUCGCUCUCAGUAUAGCCAAUAAAGCAGCGAAGCCCGCAGCGGCGCCCGAAUGACGCGCUGGCGCCUGGGUUCUGUAGUUCUCUCAGGGAGACAGACCUUACCGCCCCGCCCCUGGCCGCCUACACGCAGCUAAUACGCAUGCUCACAGUGUCGGCUUGGGAGGAGGCGGUGCGCAAGGAGGAAGGCGGGAAUGACAUUAGGAAAAAAAAAAAACCAAAAAAACAAAAAACCCAACCCACUCGUAGUAGCUUGGGAAGCUUCCGCCGAGGGUCUGCUCCUCCCAGAAGGCGGUGCAGAUGCCCGGGCGAGUCUCGCUGAGGGUUGUGGGGCGGGUAGCUCGGAUCCAUAAGAAGACACAAGGAGCCGAGUGGGCGGGGGACUCCAGAUCCCAGCAUGCCCCGCGGCGGGCCCUACCGGCCGCGACUCCGGGCUUGGCCCCGGCCCUAGCUCCUCGGCGGUGUACUGGGGUGCGUGGAGGCUGUAGUCACGGUGGCGCCCGCGGGGACGGAGGAGGGAAUGAGUGAAGAGGAUCAGGGCUCCGGCACUACUACAGGCUGCGGGCUGCCCAGCAUAGAGCAAAUGCUGGCCGCCAACCCGGGCAAGACCCCGAUCAGCCUUCUUCAGGAGUAUGGGACCAGAAUAGGAAAGACGCCCGUGUACGACCUUCUCAAAGCCGAGGGCCAAGCCCAUCAACCUAAUUUCACCUUUCGGGUCACCGUUGGCGACACCAGCUGCACUGGUCAGGGCCCCAGCAAGAAGGCAGCCAAGCACAAGGCAGCUGAGGUGGCCCUCAAACACCUCAAAGGGGGGAGCAUGCUGGAACCAGCCCUGGAGGACAGCAGUUCUUUUUCUCUCCUAGACUCUUCACCGCCUGAGGACACUCCUGUCGUUGCUGCAGAAGCUGCUGCCCCUGUUCCAUCUGCUGUACUAACCAGGAGCCCUCCCAUGGAGAUGCAGCCCCCUGUCUCUCCUCAGCAGUCUGAGUGCAACCCCGUCGGUGCUCUGCAGGAGCUGGUGGUGCAAAAAGGCUGGCGUUUGCCAGAGUACAUGGUGACCCAAGAGUCUGGGCCUGCUCACCGCAAAGAGUUCACCAUGACUUGCCGGGUGGAGCGUUUCAUUGAGAUUGGCAGUGGCACUUCCAAAAAGCUGGCAAAGCGUAACGCAGCAGCUAAGAUGCUCCUUCGAGUGCACACUGUACCUCUGGAUGCCCGGGAUGGCAAUGAGGCAGAGCCUGAUGACGAUCAUUUUUCCAUUGGCGUGAGCUCCCGCCUGGAUGGACUGAGGAAUCGUGGGCCAGGCUGCACCUGGGAUUCCUUGCGGAAUUCUGUGGGAGAAAAGAUCCUAUCCCUUCGCAGUUGCUCCGUGGGCUCUCUAGGGGCUCUGGGCUCUGCCUGCUGCAGUGUCCUCAGUGAGCUCUCUGAGGAGCAGGCUUUCCAUGUCAGCUAUCUGGAUAUUGAGGAACUGAGCCUGAGUGGGCUCUGCCAGUGCCUAGUGGAACUGUCCACCCAGCCAGCCACUGUGUGUUAUGGUUCUGCAACCACCAGGGAGGCAGCCCGAGGUGAUGCUGCUCACCGCGCCCUACAGUACCUCAGGAUCAUGGCGGGUAGCAAGUAGCAUCCCACUGCAGUGAUGGAUAUGCAUCUUUUACUUCUUGCUCCUUCUGCCCCUGGGUCCAUGUAUCCACCUAGCUCUGGUACCCUCCAGAGGUGCCAUCUCUACCUCUGACACAGCCUGUCUGCCUUGAGACUGAGGAAGGCACAGGCAAGCAAGGAGCCAUGAACCACAGGGCCCCAGCCAGCACAGGAUUUGUCCUCAUUCCGUGGGUGAUGGAUGAAUCUAUUGGAGUCCUGAAUAAAUGCUGCUCUUUGGCUUCCAAAACCCUGCUCUCUCUGGCCUUGGGUCAUGAGGGUAUAAGGAAUAAACAUGGUGAGCUUGUUCUCCUUUUGAA